GUUUGUGAAGAGGCACGAUGUCCAAAUAUUGGCGAUUGCUGGGGUGGAGGUGAACAUCAAACAGCCACUGCAACCAUUAUGCUUAUGGUAAAAACAAGUAAAACACCAAAACCAUUAGAUAGUAAUGAGCCGGAAAAUGUUGCUUUGGCGAUUUCGAAGUGGGGAUUGGAUUAUGUUGUACUAACUUCAGUUGAUCGAGACGGAGAUUUCCAAGGCGAUCUUGAUUGUGUGGCCAGAGUUGCACAUUCCGGUUUGGACGUUUAUGCACACAAUAUAGAAACAGUCGAGGCAUUAACACCAUUCGUUCGGGAUCAUAGGGCUACAUUCAGACAAAGUUUAAAGGUAUUGGAACAUGUUAAGAAAAUCAAACCAAGUUUGAUUACAAAAUCUAGCAUAAUGCUUGGAGUUGGAGAAAGCGAUCAAGAAGUAAUGGAUGCAUUGAAAGCCGUAGGUUAA